AUGCGGUUUAUGCAAGGCUUCCAUCCUACUGCACCGCGAGACCAUAUUGCUGUGACAAUGGCCGAGAAGUAUCUCCGCUACGCUCCGUGGUUCUCACAGUGGGAGCAGGCAUUCACGGCAUUCUUGUCGGAUCAGCGAGAUUUCAUGUCGAACAUGGAUCUCAAGCGUGCGAUGGUGCUCAAGGCAAACCACCUCGUGGGCACCAUGCUGGCAUCAGUCGAUCAGUCCGCAGGCCCUGUUGCCUACGAUGCAUACGAAGCAGAGUUCCGAGCUAUCGUGGACCUGGCGCGAGAAGUCCUGGCAUCAUUCUCGUGCCCACCACUGCCUACGCUAUCUGGGCCGAACUCAGGUACACCAUACCUGUCGUUCUCAUUGUGGGUCACGGACCCAUUGUGGAUGGCCAUAUCGCGAUGCCGUAACCCCACAAUUCGCCAGUCUGCUUUCACAUUGCUUUCACGAAAUCCACGACAAGAAGGUAUCUGGCAUGCUGGGCCGCAACUGCCAAGUUCGAGCCAGUAUAUGAGGAGAGUAGAGUCUACCUCGACUGGAUCAAGAUGA